GUACCUUUCUCUGCUCUAUAAAUCCAGAGAAAAGCGUCUCCGCGAACGCUUCAGCUCUCUCUCUAUCUCUCUCUCUCGCUCUCACUCUCUCUUUCAGCUAGGGUUUUGCUAAGAGAUGCGGUCUGUGUGCAGAAAGUCCAGAUUGAGAUUGAGAGAGCGCGUUUUGAGAUCGACCGGUUACGGUUAGGGUUAAAGCUCGAUGGUUAUGGAUCGAGGCCUUAGUGAAUUAUCUUCCAUGAUGAACGGAAGAAUCAAAUUCGGUGAUUACCGUCCAGAUCGUAACCUUUGUCGGGGGUUUAGACCGGCUGCUCCCUUGCCUGUACCCUUUCUAGAUCAGAGCGCUAUGAAUCCUAAUGCCCAUGAUCUCGGUCCGUCAGUGGGUUCGGGCACUGAGGAAGACAGUGAGAUAUUCUCUGAUAUAGCUCUCAAGUAUAUCAGCCAGAUGCUUAUGGAAGAAGACAUGGAAGAGAAGAGCUAUCUGCAUCAUGAGAGUUUGGCUCUCCAGGCUGCAGAGAAACCCUUCUACGAUAUCCUUGGGAAAAAGUACCCGCCUUCCCCUGAUCAAUCCCCCCUUUACACCGUUAAUCAUAACUCAGACAGCCCUGAUGAUUAUGUUAGUGGCAGUUACAGUAAUUAUAACAGUGGUGGCAGUAAUGGUGUUGUAGAUGGUAGCUGUAUUUGCAAUGUUGGGGAAAAUCCAUCUUCUAGGAAUGUUCUUACCGUGUCAACUGAUUAUACUUCUCAUUCGCCAUUCAGUUCUUCAAGCAGUGUUGUUGUAGAUGGGUUGGAGGAGUCUCCAACAAAUGAGAAUCGGGUUUCUGAUUUCAUUAGUGAAAGCCAGCCCAUUUGGCAGUUCAAGAGAGGUAUCGAGGAAGCGAGAAAGUUCCUUCCGAGUGGUGUGAACUUGGUCUUGGGUGUAGAGAGCAAUGGGUUCUUGUUUCGAGAACCGAAGCAAGAGGUUCACAAGUUUGAGGUCAAGGAGGAGAAGGAUAAAAGAGACUUUUCGGUUAAUGGGUCAAGGGUAAGAAAGAAUCCGCAUUGGGAGGAUUUGGAUUUGGAAGGGAGGAGUAACAAACAGUCAGCUGUCUAUAGUGAGGAGAUUGUACGGUCAGAGGUAUUUGAUAUGGUGUUACUCUGUGGUGGGAGAUUUGGGCCGCUGUCUUGUCUCCGAGCAGACCUUCGGAAUGGAGUAAGCAAGAAUUCACAGAAAGGACAGUCUAAGGGAUCGAAUGGUGGUGCAAAGUCUCGUGGUAAGAAACAGGGCAAAAAGGAGGUUGUGGAUUUGAGGACUCUCCUCAUUCAGUGUGCACAAGCUGUUGCUGCAGAUGAUCGCAGGAAUGCAAAUGAACUGCUGAAGCAGAUCAGACAGCAUUCUUCCCCUUUCGGAGAUGGCUCGCAGAGGCAGGCUCAUUACUUUGCAAAUGGCCUCGAGGCACGCCUAGCUGGCACUGGGAGCCAGAUCUAUGCGGCCCUUUCUACUAAAAGAACAACGGCUGCAGAUAUCUUGAAAGCUUACCAUCUUUAUCUUGCCGCAUGCCCUUUCAAGAAGAUUUCCCAUUUUUUUGCGAACCAGACGAUUGUGAGUGCGGUUGAAAAUGCAACAAGGCUCCAUAUUAUAGAUUUCGGUAUCUACUUUGGCUUCCAAUGGCCAUGCCUCCUCCAACGACUCUCGGGAAGGCCUGGUGGGCCUCCCAAGAUUCGAAUAACCGGAAUCGAUUUCCCCCAGCCUGGUUUUCGACCUGCUGAGAGAACUGAAUUAAGCGGGCGUCGUUUGGCAGAUUAUGCUCGGACUUUCAAUAUUCCUUUCGAGUACGUUCCUAUUGCUUGCAAAUGGGAAACCAUUCAAGUCGAAGAUCUCAAGAUCGACAGAGAUGAGGUGCUUGUUGUUAACUGUUUGUAUCGGGCUAAAAAAAUGUUUGAUGAGACGGUGGUUGUCGAUAGUCCGAGGGAUAUUUUCUUGAACACGAUCAGGAAGAUGAAUCCGGACGUCUUUAUCCAUGGGAUAGUGAACGGAGCAUUCAGUGCCCCCUUCUUCGUCACACGUUUUCGUGAGGCUCUAUUCCACUGGUCUGCAUUGUACGAUAUGCUGGAAGUGAAUGUCCCCCGCGAGCACCCGGAGAGGAUCCUGAUUGAGAGGGAGAUCUUCGGGCAAGACGCCCUGAACGUCAUUGCAUGUGAGGGCUCAGAGAGGGUCGAGAGGCCGGAGACAUACAAGCAGUGGCAGGUAAGGAACCUGCGGGCUGGGUUCAAGCAGCUCCCAUUGAAUCAUGCUAUCAUGGAGAAAGCAAGGGAUAGGGUGAGGAGUUGCUACCAUAAGGAUUUCGUCAUCGACGAAGAUAGCCAGUGGAUGCUUCAGGGGUGGAAGGGGCGGAUCAUUUACGCACUUUCCACGUGGAAACCAGACCAUGAUAGCUUUUGAGUAUCAGAAAGCUUGCUUCUGGUUGUGUACUUGAAACGGGAAUGCUCUUCCCACUUCUCUGGUCCUAUGGCCGCUCGGAACAAAAUCAAAGGUAAUGGGACCGACGAGUUGUAAGAAAAUAUGGUCUUAAGCACAAACACUGCCUCAAUUUCCAACGAUGCAGAAAUCGAAUCCCCAUGAGAGUCCCAAAGCCAUGAGGUCAGUGUUAUGAAUGACUAUAUUGAUGAAAGCAUCAUUUGUGAAUGCUAUUGGAAGAUUGGAGCCUGUAACAUGAUGUGUGGAAGAACAUUGCUAAAUCCCCAAAAAUCGAAAUCAAAGGGUCACAAAAUACACAACCUUCACAUUUUUUUUUUUCUUCCUGUCAUCCAAGAUCGCCUUGAAUUUUACCAUAUUUAGAAUGCAGGACUGUCUUUAUGAAGCCAGCCCGGAUGUUCUUUUC